CCCUUUCCCUGUCCCCUCCCAGAGUGUCAGUUGGAGGGUGGGUCAUUAUGGGAUGAGAGCGGAGCCUGGCUGAGAAGCCAGUGUUGCCACAGCCAGGCAGAGAGCACUAGGCUGAGCUGGAGGAGGAGGCAGAGGAAGAGGUGGAGGAGGAGGGAAAGGGGUCAGCAGCAAGGGGCCUUGAGCCCACCUUGGUGGCACCAUGCCCCUAGCCACUGCUAAGGUGGCAUCGCGGCUGACCCAAGGGGUGACGGCAAAGAGAGCUGCAGUGGCGCUGCUGGUGGCUGCAUACGGUGCCAAGAAGUUGUAUCCCAUCCUCAGGAGACAGUGGGCCACCUCUGAGCUCCGGGCAAGCUCAAACAGCAGCCCCAGUGCCAAUGGAUCACCAACUAAGUGGGAGACGCCAAGUGAGGCAGCUGCGGCAUCACCACCCGGGGUCAAUAGAGUCUUCUUCCUGCGCCUCCUGCGCCUCCUGCGGCUUCUGUUUCCAGGGCCACUGUGCCGGCAAACAGGGCUCCUAGCCUUGCACUCUGCCGCCCUUGCCAGCCGCACCUUCCUCUCGGUCUAUGUGGCCCAGCUGGACGGGCGCCUGGCCCGCUGCAUUGUCCGCAAGAACCCACAGGACUUUGCCUGGCAACUUUUGCAAUGGCUGCUCAUUGCCCUCCCAGCCACCUUCGUCAAUAGUGCCAUCCGGUACCUGGAGGGGCAGCUGAGCCUGGCCUUCCGAGGGCGCUUGGUGGACCAUGCCUACCAGCUGUACUUCCAAGGCCAAACCUACUACCGGGUCAGCAACAUGGACGGGCGCCUGCGCAACCCAGACCAAUCUCUCACCGAAGAUCUGGUGGCCUUUGCCAACUCGGUGGCCCAUCUCUACUCCAACGUGACCAAGCCAGUCCUUGACCUCAUCGUGACGUCCUACACCUUGGUCAGUUCGGCCAGAUCCAAGGGGGCCGACACUGUCUGGCCCUCGGUUAUCGCCGGGCUGGUGGUGGGCAUCACGGCCAAGGUGCUGCGCGCCUGUUCACCAAAGUUUGGGCAACUGGUGGCCGAGGAGGCCCGCCGGAAAGGAGAGCUGCGUUACAUGCAUUCCCGGGUGGUCGCCAACUCUGAAGAGAUUGCCUUCUAUGGGGGGCACAAGGUGGAAUUGUCACUCCUAAGGCACUGCUAUCGUGAGCUGGCCUCCCAGAUCAAUGUAUUGCUCCUGGAGAGACUCUGGUAUGUCAUGCUGGAGCAGUUCCUCAUGAAGUAUGUGUGGAGUGCUGCCGGGUUGGUCAUGGUGGCUGUACCAAUUAUCACUGCCACUGGCUACUCUGAGACUGACUCGGAGGCAGUGAAGCAAGCGGCUUUGGAAAUGGAGGAGCAAGAGCUAGUGAGCUUGAGGACCGAAGCCUUCACCACCGCCCGAAGUCUGCUGACUGCAGCAGCAGAUGCAACAGAGAGGGUCAUUUCAUCUUACAAAGAGGUGACUGAAUUGGCUGGCUAUACUGCCCGGGUAUAUGAGAUGUUCCAAGUGUUUGAAGAUGUGCAACAUUGCAACUUCCGGCGUCCUGGAGAGUUUGAGAAGGGGCAGCCUGGUACAGGGACAACAAGGCAGCAUGGCGUACGGGUGGAAGGACCUCUCCAGAUAAGAGGACGUGUGGUUGAUGUGGAUAAUGGCAUUAUCUGCGAGAACAUCCCCAUCAUCACACCUACAGGAGAUGUGGUGGUCGCGAGCCUCAAUAUCCGAGUGGAGGAAGGCAUGCAUCUGUUGAUCACAGGCCCAAAUGGCUGUGGGAAGAGCUCACUGUUCCGAAUUCUGGGUGGACUCUGGCCGACGUAUGAUGGCAUCCUCUAUAAACCUCCACCCCAUCGGCUGUUCUACAUUCCACAGAGGCCAUACAUGUCUGUGGGAACCCUGCGGGAUCAGGUGAUCUACCCAGACACAGCAGCAGACAUGGCAUGCAAAAGAAUGACAGAUGCCAAUCUGGAGCAGAUUCUGGACAUUGUCAACCUCAACUACAUUGUGCAGCGUGAGGGAGGCUGGGAAGCAGUCAGCGACUGGAAGGACGUGCUUUCCGGUGGCGAGAAGCAGCGAAUGGGGAUGGCACGAAUGUUCUACCACAGGCCACAAUAUGCUCUCCUGGAUGAAUGCACCAGUGCAGUCAGCAUUGAUGUAGAAGGCAAGAUCUUCCAGGCAGCAAAGGAUGCUGGGAUAGCCCUACUCUCCAUCACCCAUCGACCUUCAUUAUGGAAAUACCACACCCAUCUCCUCCAGUUUGAUGGGGAAGGGGGAUGGCGUUUUGAAAAGUUGGACCCUGCGGCCCGCCUGUCCCUCCGGGAAGAGAAGCAGCGCCUGGAGCAGCAGCUGGCUGGCGUCCCCGAAAUGCAACAGCGUCACAAUGAACUCUGCCAAAUCCUGGGAGAAGACACAACAGCCUCUGUGGCAGUGGAACAGGUUUAAAGUGUGGAUGCCCUGAAAUGUCCACUUCCAGCUCAGUCUUGUGCUCAAUAAGAGGGAUCCUGGUCGCUGUGCUUUACUCUCAGGAGCUGCACACGGAGGGACCGGGAUCACCCCAGCUCAAUGAAGGAACAAUCCUGUUUUUCCCCUUAUUGGGGCAGUACUCAUUUCUGGCACCUAUUUUCUGUGCACUUAGUAACCUUCUCUCACACCCUGCCUUGGUUCAGGGUAGGGAGGGGGGUCAGUUUAUACUGCCAAGCAUCUAUGAACUCUGCCCUUCCAUAUGGGAGCUAGCUUCCUAUAAGCACAGUGCCUAAAUAUUCCCCAAAGCUCCCUGUCCAGUGUGAAUCUGAUGCCCCACUGCCAGCUCAUCUUCUGUGUCUGCUGAUGUUUCAGGGAGGCCUCCCUCCAGCACCCAUCACUAUCUUUUUACAAGGAUUGGCAGUAUGCUUGGGCAGGUUCUGGCCUUUCCAAACCAAAAUGACUGCACAAAGUUUUCAACAUGAAUCAAAGCCAUGAAUGUAGCUCAUGCAACUCUCAUCCCUUUGCUGCCUUCUUCACCUGACCUCCACUUUUUGCCACUGCUAGUCUACAGAAUCUAGUUGGACUGUGUGAUGCUGAAAUCCUGGGCUACUUGGGAUCCAACUUGAGCGUGGGGCAGGGGGCCCAGUAAGUUAAGAAAACAUUGUUCUAUGCUCAAUGUUUUCAGCUGUCCUCUAUGAACCCCUGCUGUUCCUUAGAAGACCAAAGGCAAAAAGUUCCACAUUUAAACAGGUAUGUCCAUACUGUCCCACAGCAGGACUCCAAUCUGAGACUCAUUUUAAGUGUGUUCUUUGGGUGCCAUAGUUCCAAUUUGCUUGGCACCCAUAUAUAUGUAUGUGUGUGUAUGUGUGUAUAUAUACAGACACACACACAUAUGCAUACAUACAUUCACACAUACAUAUAUAUAUAACACCCUGGAAACUACUCUCAGAAGAGAAACUUAAGCGGCAAAGAGGUCUUACAGCAAGUUGUUUUUGAAAACCACUGUUCUAGGACCACUUGAGACACACAUACUUGAUCACAGUGCCACUUGAAAUAUCCAUACCUUUACAGCAACCUUGUCCACAUUUUUUUUUUAGUCUUGAACUUGAAUGCUUCUUUAUCUUGCCAAAGUAAUGGGUGAGUGUCCCCAAAGAUAUGCCCUAGAGAGAAUGCAGUGCCAUUUGUGCACUGUUGUUGGACAUUGUCAUUUCAAAUAUGCCAGUCCUUCAAACAUAAAAGCGGAUACAGGAACUCUCAACCCUUGUCUAGAGCAGGCUAUAUAGAUAGGAGCUUGGAAAAGCUGAUUUGGAGGACUGCUUUCCUGAGAAUUCUUGGAGUUGUAGUCCAAAAAAGCAACUUUUCCUUCUAAUUCAGAAAUAUUUUUACGCGCAAAUGAGGGGACCUGCACCAAUGAAGUUACAUUUAUUCAGCUUUCUAGUAUUUCUCCACAUAAAGAGGGCAGCAACUUGUCUUUUUCCCCCCUCUUCCUAUUGUGUGUGAUGUUACUGACAACGGGGUAAGGCAAGGGAAAGAAGAAACCACAUUUCCUUUUUUUAGAAAAUGGUUGUGCCUCCUCCCAUGUAAUUUUGGCAGUAUAUCUUCACACAGAUGCUUCUGUUUUCAAACAAACAAACCCUGCGCUGUCCUGCAACUCAUGAAGGUUGUUGUGUUGCUUUUGUUGUUUGAAUACUUGCUACCAGUUGUGUUUUCCAUGUGAAGGAACAGAUCAGCAACCUAACUGUGAUCUGCUAUAGCAUUUGCUGUAGCUAUAAAAGAGACCCUUUCUGCAAUUCUGAGAUGCUGGCUUCAGGGGUCAUGAUUUGAGUUGACAAAGUGCAGAAAGCUUGAUAUUUGCACCUUGCUGACCUUUUUCUCUCAGCUCUGCCAUUUUGCACGCAUGUUUCACAUGAAGCCAUUGCUGCUGUUCCAGAGUGUGCUUCUCCCUGGGUGCCACUUCUGUUUUAAGUGAGAAAAAUGGCUGCUAGUGAAAACAAGUGAACUCACAUCCUGUUUCUUUUUUCUGAGGAAUUAAUCCUAUAGGGCUGGCAUCUGUAUUCAAAACACUUGGGCCUGAUGAUCACUUCCCCUUCUAUGUUUGGGUCAAGGAAGCCAUACAAAAUGCUAAGUUUAUCAGACGACUCCAGAGCACUGUGGGAAUUUUAGAAAGUUUGCAGCAUUGGAAUGUUUGCAGUUAGGAAUGGGAAUCAUACAACCAUUCAAAUUUCAUUGGAUGGCAGCUCCCAGCAUUGCUCACCAUUGGCAAUGCUAGCUAGGGCUGAUGAAAACGGUGUCAUAAAAAGAAUUUUAUUCCCCACCUUUUUUGCUUUAUGCUAUGAGCAACCAUUAGGGCCCUGCUUAUUGGUCUGUGGUCAGGGGAUACCUUGGGCUUUUAAACCCAUCCAAGCAGGCCUCUGAGCUACUGCCAUGUGUCUUUCCUGCUCUAUUUAGGCAAUUGCUUUCACAGCUUUCUUUGUUGCUAGAAGCAGCAAUUGUCACUCUGGUCCACACAAGGUAAUUUUGUGUGGGCAUAAACACAAAGAAGCACAUAGGCAAAGGGGGAGAGGGCCACCAAGAUGGAUCAUCCUACACUGUUCUGUUACAGUGUCCUCAUGAUUUCAUCACAGCUAAUGCGGGCAAUUGCCAUAUCAACCUCAUGGUUAGUUUUAGAAGCACACGGGCCAGGUCUCUGACCACUUUCAGCUCAGGCUGGGACAUCUUUCAGUGUUGCUCUUGGGCAAAGGCUGCACACAUAGGAGAAUGAGGUGGUGCGAUCCAGAGUGGGUGAAAGAGUCAGUUCAGACUCUCAUUUGAAAAAACAUUUCCUAAGAAAUAUGUGCAAGAGCUUUACUUGCAAACUAAACUGGUGGGGAAUAGAGCAGGCUAGAAUCCUGAUCACUUCUCCCCGAUAUUACUAUUUUUUAUUUGCAGAGAGUCUGCAUAUCUGCCAGCAUUAUAAAAAAAAUCUGGGUUUCCCCAUCUGCAUUUGAGGUUGCCUGUCACUUUUUGCAUAUGCAGUUAUAGCUUUAGGUUUCUUUCAUUUCUGCUUUUUUGAAAAAACAAUUAUAUUUUCAUUCUUUCUUUAGGUCUUGAAAAGUACAUUUGGCAAUGUUGUUUUGUUCCUACUUACUCGCAGCUCCUAGAAGCUCAUUCUUUUAGCUGUCAUUGCUAGUGGGACUAAGGGGGACUUGUGUCUCCUGCUUUCCAAAUUCUGUUGCAGUCCUGAUCAUAGACCCUCAUCUAGCCAACUCCAUCCAAAGCAGUUAAACUGAGCCAUUUUUAGGCAAGUGCAAGCCCACACUACAGUUCCAUUAGGAUCAAGUCUGUCACCUACUUUAUUGUGGCUAUGAAGUUUCCAUGAGACUAUUGGAGCAUACAGGAUUUUGGAGUGGGCUCAAGUUAAAUGUUAGAACUGAGAGAAGAAGGUUCAGCUUGUUUUCUUCUGUGCUUUACUGUACAGGUUCCUAAUUUAUUUAAUUGCAUUUGAUCCUUCUGUCUGUGUUUUGUAAGAUGUUUUUAAAAUGCAUCGUUGAAUCCUUCUGGGGCAAUCUUUUGAGUCUGCCAUCCACUGGAUGCCCUUCCUAGAAUGGAAAUCCCAAGAAGCCAAUAGUAAGUUUUUAUUGCUUUAUUUGGGGGGAUAGAAAACCAAAGUGUGUGCCAUUGAGGUUGAAUGUGUGUCAAAAUUAAGAUUCUCACAGAGGAAUGAUGUUGUCACUAUCUGUCACCUCUGAUGUUAGAAUUUUACAAACUAUGCAACAAAGUUCUCUUUUUUUGUAGCUACAGAACUACCCCACCCUACCCUUUUCUCUUUUCCUCAGUGCCUUUGACCCUGGCAAUAGCCAGGUUUCUUCAGAUAAUAAAAAUAUUAUAUAUCACAAA